AUGAGUUUGCCCCUCAAUCCCAAACCUUUCCUGAAUGGAUUAACAGGAAAACCAAUAAUGGUGGAACCUAAGUGGGGAAUGGAGUACAAAGGCUACCUGGUAUCUGUAGAUGGUUAUAUGAACAUGCAGCUUGCAAACACAGAAGAAUACAUAGAUGGAGCAUUGUCUGGACAUUUGGCUGAAGUUUUAAUAAGUUGUAAUAAUGUCCUUUAUAUCAGGGGUGUUGAAGAAGAGGAAGAAGAUGGGAAAAUGAAAGAAUAG